CUCCCUUUCACGUUGCGUGCGCUUCCUUUUUUGGUUCACAAGCUGGAUUUUACUGCCCACUUGAUACUUCGUUUACGUAAACACAUCCACGCAGUAUGGACGAAGAAGCUCUGAUAGCCCGGGCGAAGGAGGAACGAGAGAAAAUUUUCCAGCGCUACGAUAAAGGCCGGGAACCGGGGGCCGAGAUCGAUCCGUGGGAGGACCCACAAUUUGAAGUGUUCCAUCAUACGGAUAGGUAUGGAUUUAUCCAUGACAAACGCCUACCGCGAAAGCGAGAACCACAAGAGGCCAAAGCGACGGAGAUUGAAAUGGAGCGCGUCAAAAAAUGGCUCAAACUGCUCGGUCUGUCGUCACAGCCAUCGAAGCGAUCCUGGAACGACAAGGCAGUACAGGCCAAGGUACGCAAACGAGUAUUUAAGGGCAUUCCUGAGAAGGUACGCGGUAAAGUUUGGUGUAAGCUUUUAAACCUCGAAGAGGUGAUGAAGGGCGAACAGGGCAAGUACAAGAAAAUGCUGGAGUUGGCGCGCAACUGGAGCACGGAAGCCCGUCAGAUCGAUAAGGACGUCAAUAGGCAGUUUCGCGAUCACAUUUUCUACCGCGAGCGAUACAGUGACAUGCAGAGAAGCCUGUUCAAUGUGCUGGUGGCAUACAGCAUGUACAAUUCUGAGGUUGGCUAUUGUCAGGGUAUGUCCGGAUUGGCGGGAGUGCUGCUGAUGUACAUGAAGGAAGAGGAAGCUUUCUGGGCUCUAAGUAUCCUGCUAGCAGACUCCAAGUUUGCCAUGCAUGGCUUGUUCAUCGAAGGCUUCCCGAAACUGACUCGUUUCCUAGCACAUCACGAUAAAAUCAUAACCAAAUUCAUACCAAAGCUUAAAAAACAUUUCGAUCAGUGCAAUCUCGACUCGAUCCUGUACUCGUUGAAGUGGUUCUUUGUUAUGUUUAUCGAAAGGAUACCGUUUAGCUUGUGCUUGCGUGUGUGGGACAUUUAUCUGCUUGAUGGGGAAAAAGUGGUCACUGCAAUGGCCUACAACAUACUGCGUAUGCACAAGAGAGUAAUACUCAAGCUGCGUGAUAUGGACCAAAUUGUGCAAUAUAUACAGACAAGCCUCUGCGAGGACUUUGGCAACGAUGAUGAUACGGUUAUUAAAAAUCUCGAGCAAUGCAUGGAAGAACUUCGCAAGGCAGGUCUAGAACUGCCCCCACCUCCAAGCGAAAUUGAGCUGCCAAAAAAAGAGUUUGGUGUCUUCGUGGAACCGACUGCAGCUGCGCAGAUUGGCCGGCGAAAACAGGAAUUUACAGAAACAGAAAAGGAGGUGACAGAAACGGUGAAGCUAAAACGUGAAAUAACGGAACAGGAAAUCGCCAAUCUCAAUCGGAUUGCUACUGCUUCAGGCGGAUCGAAUCAACAACUAAACACGGUACACAUUCCCGAAUCGGAAGAUGGCGGGUCGUUGCUAGGAAGCUCUCGAAAAUCGUUAGCCGAUACAUCCGUUACAUCAACGGCCGAUUUGAGCGUGCUCUCCGGUGGUCAAAGCCAGCGAUCGCAUCAAGCGUUUGAUUUCUGCGUCGAGGAUCAAAAUGUUAUCCCCAGUGAGGACGAAGGCGACGGCGAAAGUAGUCCUGUGUAAACGUCGUUCUGUUCCUGAUCAAAGCGAAAACAGUCGACGAUGCUACCGGCGACGUAUGGCACCGGUAAUGGUGCCUCGCACGCCACCACCUCCACCGCCUCCACGACGUGGGCGGGCAGGCUUAGAAGCGCAACAUCCGCCAUCGGCUCAACGAGUGUGGUAGAGCGCAGUCCGUCCGUCUUGCAGCUGAUGACUCCGCGGGCCAUGUCCCCGCACGACGUGGUGCGGAUCUACGUUCCACCGGCACCACCGGACGAGUUGCAACAUUCGGCCAUCGGUUCCGUCACCUACGGGGUGCCAAAUAACCAUGAUCGGCUAACGCACCGCUCCGAUUCCAGCAAGAACAUUACCAAACAUAGGGUAGAUCACCUUUCGCGUUCCUCGUACAACGACGAAGACGAUUUGGAUGAAUCUCGAACACGACGCAACAGCGAAGUCGACCUCUAUCUCCAGCAAAUCGUUAGUCCUGCUGGAAACGGUGGCAGCGCACCUACAGAUCCCAGCGCAAUGCUAUCGUAUGCCAGUGAAAAAUUUUCCGACUGCCCAAGCGGAGACUUCCAAAGCACGGGCCAGCUGCCAACAGCGCCGGGCCCAUCGACUCCGAUGUCCCCGCCUGGAACACAGCAUUACGCCUCGAACGGACGCUCAACCUCGUCCUCCCGUCGGGGUAGCAUGUCCCGCAAAUCGCCAGCUCCCACGCUGGACAGCGAGUUCAUUAUUGAGUGCAGCCACGUGAAGAACCGCAAGUAUGUGCCGCCAGAACACCACAGCAGCCACAACAGUUUGGUGUUAAGCGUAGGCGGCGGUUUGCCUCCAGCAUCGUACGGCAGCCGCAACGGUUCCGAAUCUAACAUUCACCGUAUGACAUCGUUCGAGGAACUGGCCAAGGCUAAACUACUCCAGCACCAGCUGUCGGGCAGUGGAAGCGGAUGUGGAACGAUCGCGAGUGGCAGCACCAGUAGUUUACGAAAGCAGACAACCGAAGAGCUCUACGCCAUACGACAAACGACGGUGGUGGCCUCGAAAUCGACUGCGUACUCCAACCGGAUGACGAGAAGCGAGAUCUAUGAGGCGAACGAGCGUAGAGAAGAAUCAUCUCACUACGACAAUCCGCGCCGGGUUCAAGAAAAUGCGCCAUCGAAACAGCGUGAGCAAGCCCCGGAUCACAAGGACACACGUGGCCACAAAAGCGACUACAAUAUUCAGUACCGGAACCUAUCACCGCAGGGAGCGAGAGAAGGCGAACCUACGUCGCCUUUGAGCGAUGGUAUCGGCGAGUGGAGCAGUGGAGCCGAUUAUCGGGCAUUUAAAUCCUCGCGGCAGAAUAGUGGCAACGACAGUUCCCCGUUCGAUUGCGAUCUCCUGGCGGGUGGUCAAGGCGGCGGUCCGGGUGUUCCUUCGAAACGCUACAACCGAUUCUUCAACAACGACGAAGUGGAUCAAGAGGACGAAGAAGAGGAGGACCUGGCGGAAGUUAACGGCGCUACGCCAUCCUACCGUCAUCGGCGUACCAACGAGGAGGACAAUCUGUUGGUCAAAUCGUCGGAUGAUUCAUCGACCAGUCCUCCACCGGCACACACCACCAGCCGUCCCUCACAACUGCCACAGUACCAGCGGCACGGGUCCGCUUACGGAACGGGUAGUCAACAACGACAACGGCCACGCCAGCGGCAACCUCCAGCUCACGGUGACCACUUGAGCGGGAUCACAACAUCGCCGUCGAACGAAACGGUACCACUGCUGGAAUUAUCGCCAACGGCCACCAACAUAGUGGGCAGGCUGAUGCAUUCGUCAUCGACCUCUGCGGUGCCGGCAAAUCCACUCGGUAGAGGCACUUCCAGCUCUCCUACGUCCUCGAUUCCGGUUAGCAACGUUAAGCGGAAGUUUUCCACCGAAUCAUCGCAUUCGAUCACCCCGAGUGGCACGGGUCGUCGAGGAUCGAACGCUUCUGCCAGCAUGACCUCACCUACGGGACUCUCGCGGAUUCCGGUUGGCAUGAAAUCGCCCACAUCGCCUACUGGCUCGCUGCAGAGCUCCUUCCGGUCCGAUGUGCGCUCGCAAAAGACUUCUAAGUUGCCGACCUCGAGACAGCUGGAGGAUGCGCGCAUUCCCGGCAGCGAUCGGUUGCCCCAGUACCAAUACGGUGCGGUAGCUUCGGCAGGUCCCGCCUCGUUGACGUUCUCGUCGAUGCCAUUUGAAACAGCCGGCAACCGGAUUGGUUCGUCUCGGUCGGCGCAUCAGAUUCAAUCGGACUCGAACAAAAUCCGCAUUCAGAUAAAUCCAUCGCAGUCGUAUACCAGCAGCAGUAGCACUGGAGGUUGAGCCUGGUUUGGAAGCAACAAGGAAUGCAGAUCGAUAAGUCCUUAAGGUGGAAGUGAUGCUUGGUGACGAUUUCACGAACCGCUUCUCGAUGGCUCGAAAAACGAGCCUCGAGGAAUUCUAGGGUUAUAAGAGCGCCCGAAAUAAGGUCACCAAUUGUUGUUCACUUUUGUUCGUGCAUUUAUCUCUAGUUCUCGAAUUACCUCAUUUUAAAGUGUUCUUUUUUCAUUCCACUUAACGCUUGGUAAAUGUAGCUGAUACAUUCCAUUUCUAUCCUAUGCUG